UGACAAGCCAAUCAAAUUACAACAUAACCUCACUUUAAAUUUUGGGCAUAGAUUGGAUUAAAUUAUGGAUCAAGAUGAAUCCUCACCAAAGAAAUCGAAAAAGAGCAAACAGAAAAAAACAAAAACUACCCUCUCUGAAGAUGGGUCUUCAUCGAACGAUUUGGUCAUUGCCGAUGAACCUGUAGUCGUCACUCCAAAAGCAAAAUCUUUACCUAUCAACAAACCUACUCUCAGUACACCCAACUCUAGCAGCAGCAACAAGAAGCGAAAAAAACGAGACAGUGCCUCAAGCGAUGAAGAGAGGUGGUUAACCGCUAUAGAAUCGGGGAAGCUGGAAGACGUAGAUGACGAACUGAAGAAAAUUAAGCCUAAAGAUCCUGCCUUGAUGACAGCUAGGCAAAGAGCUAUGUACGAUAGAGGGGUGGAAGGAAAUUCGUCCUCUACUACCCCAACCCUUAUGUCGUUACCCACAGGGUAUAAGGAGAAAGUUAUGACUGCAGAGGCGAUCCAAAAGGCAGCGAUAAAGUCCCUGAAACGUAAACAACUAGCCGACGAGAAACGUGAGAAAGACAAGAAGAAGACGAUGGAAAGGCUCCUCAAGAAGCAAGACUCAAAAGCCGCGAAACAGGCGAAAUUGAAAGUGACAAAGUCUGCGGUGCCCUCUAUCGUUUAUAGACAGAACCAAGACAUGACGUUAUUGUCUUUUCCUGAGGAGUACGAUUACCCGCUGAAACCCCAGGUCGCUCCGAAACCAGCCAAAGCAAAAUAUUGCAGUAUGGGUUGCGGUAAUAUUAAGAAGUACUCAUGCGCGCAAACGGGGGCGCCGCUAUGUAGUCUAACGUGUUAUAAGAAAAAUAUAGCCAGUAUGAUCAUCUAAGAACGUUUUCUCGAAAAUGUGAGGGAAAAGGGAGACGAGAGAAAAGACGUGGCGAAAUUCCUAAGAGAAUGAAAGUUCCAGGGAAGAUGAGAAUCCCAAGAAAAUAUUUGUUCUUCGUAUGUAAAUUAAAGGGAUAUGCAUCAUUAAUGAACAAUAUAUGUUGUAUACUAAGUGUUGAAACAAUUUAUUAGUUAUAGAAAAAGAAAUAAGGAACUUAAUAAAAAACUUGGAAACUU